AGCACGAGAGCCUUUACCGCGCGUACUACACACCUGGGCAGGUGCGCGUCCCUAUCACGUGACCCGGGCAGGUGUCCCCGUCACGUGCCUCGUUUCACUUUCCCCUUGAGCUUUGGGUCUACGCGGAUGAUAGUGAUCGGUGCUGGCUUGCGGAAAACGAGAGAGCUGCAGGUCUGAUCCUUUUAAAACUUGCCCUCAUACUUUAUAAGUUCCGGAUCAUAAAGGUGACGAUGAGAAGGACUCUGGCGCCGCUUCUGCUCCUGACGCAUAUCUUGUGGGGAAACGUUUCUGGAAACCCUGCAGAGUCCGCAUGCUCCCAGCCCCCUGUGUUUGUGCCCGCCGACGACAAUCGACAAUCGACAUUGGGCUCCACCGUGACCCUUAACUGCACUGCUCUGCUACCGUGGGACCCCCAGGAGCCACAAUGUGACUCCACCUUGCACUGGAUCAGAGAUGGGAGUCUUCUGUCCAACCUCACCAAGCAGCAGAACCUCUCAGAGUUCCUCCACAACACAUCGCAGAAGGUGGUGAACAGCCUGCUGGAGCUCACGCUCCGUGAGCCAUCUGACUUCGGCUUGUACAUCUGCACCGUGAGGAACAUCUCAGCCCAAUUCCAGCUCCAGGAAAUGAGAGCUGCCAGUCACAUGGCAGUGGUCAUUGCAGUGAUGGUGCUCCUCGUCAUCCUGGCCUUGGCCAUCUUGAUCUUCUCAAAGUGCCACCUUGACAUCAAGCUCUGGUAUAGGAACACCUAUGGAGACUUUGAGAUGAAUGACGGCAAGUUGUAUGAUGCCUAUGUGUCCUACGCCAACAACGAAAAUGACCGGAAGUUUGUCAACUUCAUCCUAAAGCCACAGUUGGAGAACAAGCAGGGAUAUAAGCUGCACCUGGAUCAUGGGAACAUCUUACCUGGUUCAGAGCCGUCCGCAGAGCUGCUGAUGAACGUUAGCCGCUGCCGGCGCCUCAUCGUGGUGCUGUCCCUGGCAUACCUGGAGCAGGACUGGUGCACAAGCAACCUCCGGGAGGGCCUGUGGCGGCUGCUGGAGCUCUCCCAGAAGCCCAUCCUCAUCACCUGGGAGACACAGAAGCAGCACAUGGGCCCAGACACGCUGCGGCUGCUGCACGACAGCAGGCAGCGGUUCACCAUCCUGACCUGGAGCUCCUACUCCAUGACUCCUUCGUCAGUGUUCUGGAAAGAGCUGUCCCUAGCGCUGCCCCGGAAGAUGGCCUAUCACUGCCCCCCCAUGACGACCCCCCAGACGCUGCUGCAGGAUGACAGGGACCCCAUGCUCUCCCUACACCCAGACUACCUCGACUGCCACCCCGACCCCGACUGUGACCCAUCGGGUGACCUUGGGCUACAACUCCCCGUCUACAAGACCCAGAAAAGCAGAGCUCCCAGCCUGCCGGCUGCCCCACCUCAACUACCCCCAGUGGCAGAAGCAAAGCCCUUCGAUAUAGACGUCUCUGACCUAGGCUCCAGGAACUAUGGUGCCCGUGCUGACUUCUACUGCUUGGUCACUAAGGAAGAUGUCUGAAACCUGACAAGCUGACCUGCCAAACCUGCCCUCGCCUUCAUUUUUCUAACUGUGGUGAGACAAAAAUUGAACUGUCCAGGUAACCACUGGUGUACUUGUACUCCUGCAUUACCCAGUAGAAGAAUUGGGAGAUCAAGGAUUGAUGUUGAGGGAGGGAGUUGUCCCUGGCACCUUUUUCAGACUGGUCCUGAAUCCUCAUCACCAAGUGCUCCGGUCUGAAUGAAAGGCCUUUUUCCAACUCACUUCCAGCACUUAGAGCUCUGAUCUGUGGUGCAUGUGAUGCAGGUGUUUGUCUUCGCACUGCCUUGAUCUUGCACUGGGUGGUGCUAUGGAGCAGAGCAGAGUGUAUGCAGAGUUUAACAUUUAACUCGGUGCUGAAAGGACCUGGAACCUACAAUAAGAUGUGUUUUGUCUGAAGAUGAUUUGAAGAAUGAUUUAAUUUAAUUGAGAAUCUAAUUUAAGUACUGGAAGUAAAAUAAUUUGUAACAUAACUUUUGACAAACUGAAACCCCUUUGGAGAGAUUUUGUGACUAUUUAUGUGUAUAUCAAAUUUUUAAAAUUAUAUUUCAUUAUUGAUUUCUACUUUUAUCUCGUAUUUAAUGAAGAGUUUAAGCACAUAAAAUAACAUUUCUGUUGGUUAAAUGUUAGUGUGUAGUUUUGAAGUGUGGAUAUUUUGCUUGUUGGGAAAAAAACUAAAAAAAAAAUUUUUUUCUUAUGCUUGUUAUAAUGGAAUCUGAGUCAUUUUCAUCAAUUAUGUGUCAACUGGCUUGUAAAUCUAGUGGGGAAAAAAACUGUUUAAGAAGGUCAAUUCCCAGCUUAGGAAGCUGUGGAAAAAUACAUUUCUGUGAAUUUAUGAACCCUGGGAUUUUCAGCAGAUCCACCAAAAGGUUUGAAGACCAUCAGAGCUUUGUCUGAAUCAUAUGUUAUUUUACGAAGUGUAUCAAUAAUCAAAUGUUUUCUAUUUCAGUUAUCAUUUUAGACAGCAGGGGGCAGCAUAAGCAUGUAUUUAAAAGCUUGAUCGUCAAGCUUAAACCUUCACAAAGGGAUAAACUAAAAAAUACUGUCUUCUGUA